GAACUUUACAGCUACACAGAAGAGCCAGAGUUUGCCAUCAACAGGAAAUGCUUCCAGGAGGAUUUUCAAACCCAUGUGAAAGGGGGCCGGUGGUCCGAGCUGGACGCGUCUCGGCAGAAGGCCUAUGUGAUGCGGCUGCUGGACGGGCUGGAGGUGGUCGACAGAGAGAAGAGGCUGAAAGUGGCCCGGGCCAUUCUGUAUCUGGCACAGGGUGUCUUUGGCGAUUGUGACACGGAGGCGGACGUCCUGUACUGGGCGCGCUACAACAACUUCCUCCUCUACGAGAUGGGGACCUUCACGGCCUUCCUGGAGCUGCUCAACAUGGAGAUGGCCAACAGCCAAGCCUGCAGCAGUGCCCUACGGAAACCCGCUAUCUCCCUGGCCGACAGCACCGUCCUCAGGGUGCUGCUGAGCGUCAUGUACCUGAUGGUGGAAACCAUCCGGGUGGAAAACGAGAUGGACCUGCCAGAGUGGAAGACCUCCCGAGACACCUUCCGGAUGGAGCUUAGUUUCCCUAUCCACAGUGAAGAGCCGUUUGCCCUCUUACUCUUCACCAUGGUGACCAAGUUUUGCAGUGGCCACGCUCCGCACUUUCCCAUGAAGAAAGUCCUGCUCCUCCUCUGGAAGGUGCUCGUGUUCACCCUGGGCGGUUUCGAAUCCCUCCAGGCCAUGAAAGUGAGGAAGAGGGAGGAAAUGGGCCUCCCGCCUCUGCCGGAGGACAGCAUCCAGAUCAUGCGCAGGAUGCGGGCCGCUUCACCCCCGGCCUACGCCAUCGAGCUGGUGGAGCAGCAGCAGCAGAAGCGGGGGCACCGGAGCAGGAGGCCGCUUAUGAAGCAGGACAGCUUGGACAUUUACAACGAGAGAGACCCCUUCAAGAACGACGAGGGGGUGGCGGACGAGGAAGAGGCCGAUGAGAUCGACAGUGGGAUCGAAGGGGAGCUGGACAUGUUGGAGCGCGACACAGUCGUCCAGCCAGUCUCGGUGCUGCGCCCGCCGGUCGAAAGAGUCUCCUUUCCCAAGGGUCUUCCCUGGGCCCCCAAAGUCAGGCAGAAAGAUAUAGAGCACUUCCUCGAGGCGAGCAGGAACAAAUUCAUUGGCUUUACCCUCGGCCAGGACACAGAUACCUUGGUCGGCCUCCCACGCCCCAUCCAUGAAAGCGUGAAGACCCUAAAGCAGCACAAAUACAUCUCCAUCUCCGAUGUGCAGAUCAAGAACGAAGAGGAGCUGGAGAAAUGUCCUUUGUCUUUGGGGGAAGAAGAUGUGCAAGAGACCCCCUGUGAAAUGCUGUACCAGGCAAUGUUGUACAACUUGCCGCAGUACAUGAUCGCAUUGCUGAAGAUUCUUCUAGCCGCCGCCCCAACCUCUAAAGCCAAGACGGACUCUAUCAACAUCCUAGCAGAUGUCCUACCUGAGGAGAUGCCCAUCACCGUCCUGCAGAGCAUGAAACUGGGCAUCGACGUGAACCGGCACAAGGAGAUCAUUGUGAAAAGCAUCUCGGCUUUGCUCCUCCUGCUGCUGAAGCACUUCAAGCUGAACCACAUUUAUCAGUUUGAAUAUGUCUCUCAGCAUCUCGUGUUUGCCAACUGCAUUCCGCUGAUCUUGAAGUUCUUCAACCAAAAUAUCCUGUCCUACAUCGCUGCCAAAAACAGCAUCUCGGUUCUGGAUUACCCUUCCUGCACGGUCCAUGAGUUGCCAGAGCUGAAUGCAGAAAGCUUGGAGACCGGAGACAACAACCAGUUCUGCUGGCGGAACCUCUUCUCCUGCAUCAACCUGCUGAGGAUCCUCAACAAACUGACCAAGUGGAAACAUUCCCGGACGAUGAUGCUGGUGGUUUUCAAGUCGGCCCCUAUCCUGAAGCGAGCCCUGAAAGUGAAGCAAGCCAUGAUGCAACUCUACGUCCUGAAGCUGCUGAAGAUCCAGACCAAGUACUUGGGACGCCAGUGGCGCAAGAGCAACAUGAAGACCAUGUCCGCCAUCUACCAGAAAGUGCGCCACCGCAUGAACGACGACUGGGCUUACGGCAAUGAUAUUGACGCUCGGCCCUGGGACUUCCAAGCGGAAGAGUGCACUUUACGAGCCAACAUCGAGGCCUUCAACAGCCGCCGCUACGAUAAACCCCAAGACUCUGAGUUUGCGCCUGUGGACAACUGCUUGCAGAGCGUGCUAGGCCAGCACUUGGAGCUCCCGGAGGAUUUCCAUUACUCCUACGAACUCUGGCUGGAGAGAGAAGUGUUCUCACAGCCCAUCCGCUGGGAAGAGCUUCUGUGCUAUCAGUGACGGGGCUGGGAAGCAGAUCCCGAACCAAUAGCUGCCUUGCUUCUGGUCAUAGGUGCUCUGUCCCUGGGAGAAAGGGUGGAUCCUUCUGGGCUUGGGGCUCUUAACGCCUGGCAGGGAACGUUGCACGGGGUUGCCUUGCUAAAGACCCUUAAGAGGAUACCCUCAAACUUUGCUAGUAUCUUCCCAUUCCCUCCACCCCACCCCGUCCUAGAGUUAAUAGGCUUGCAAGGGGCAAUGGAGGUGCUGAUAAAGAUGUGAUAUAAUAUACAUUGGAUGCGCAAGUUUUGCAGUCGGUGGAUCCCUUCUGGAGUUUGGUGUCUAACUCGGAGCCCUCAAAUGUGGGCAGAGACCCAGAUAUGGGGCCUGUUUCCUACACACCUGUUCUUACAUCUCUCAAGCUAUUCAUUUUUUCCCCCAGGAGGGGUUGGAAAUGUUCCAAACAAAUUAUUAAGCAGUCAAAGGGCCGGAUGCAAUUUUUGUUCGCCUCCAUUAUAUAUUUUUAAGGUCUAAUAUUGGGCGUUCCUUCUUUCGCUUGCCUCGGUUGUUAUCUGCACUGUAUUUCCUACAGUGUGUGCAGUUUCUGUGCCUGCAUCCCCGAAGAGAUGUGUGUGUUUGAAAUGUUUAACGCGUGCAGUUUGUUUCACAGAAUCUAGACACUACAAAUUCCGUGAUUUUGGAUGAAAGCAAGCUGUGUGUCUUGGAGCUUAGAAGUGACAAUUCCAGGUGUAUCCAAACAUGAAAGCUGCCCUAUGGAUAUCGCAUGGGGCCCAAUUGUACCUCCAGAGUGAAAAGUUCUUGUGUAAAUCUGCUUUUAUGGCCUCUGUCUGGGCAUAUAUUACAGGACAUGUUUUGCCUAAUUUAAACUCGGUUUUCACAAAAACUGCCCGCAAGUGGCAGUUACAUGGAAACCUGUGGAGUUUCAUGGUGUGCAAAUGCCCCAAACACUUUCUGUGACAGUGGGUCUGCCGUACCAAAGUGCCAUGCCAAAGUGGGGCUAUUGUGCCAAAAACCCCAGAUCUGUCUUCAGGCCCAUGAAUAUCUAAAGGCAGCCUCUAUCUUGCUUGAAAACUUUACUGUUAACGUGCAAUUUUUAAUUUUUUUUUUAAAUAAAGAAUGAUUCCCUGUUACCCCUAAACCUGAAGAAACCUGUAUAAAUGGGUAAUGAAUAUAUUAAGAUUCCGGGCAAAAAUGUGGACUUUAAAUUGAAAUAAAUUAUUCCAUGGAUCAUUGG